GCCCAAUGAACGGAAGUGGCUGUUGGAGGCUUUAAGGUAGCUUUAAAUUCCUGCUGUCUUCAGAGCUACCCCCUUUCACCCGGAUUCGGGCUUCGCGUGACCAAUGGCUGUAGACGUGAAGUCGCGAGCAAAGCGUUAUGAAAAACUGGACUUUCUCGGAGAGGGACAGUUUGCUACGGUUUACAAGGCCAGAGACAAGAACACCAACCAAAUUGUUGCCAUUAAGAAAAUCAAGCUUGGACAUAGAUCAGAAGCUAAAGAUGGUAUAAAUAGAACAGCCUUAAGAGAGAUAAAAUUAUUACAGGAGCUAAGUCAUCCAAAUAUAAUUGGUCUCCUUGAUGCUUUUGGACAUAAAUCUAAUAUUAGCCUUGUCUUUGAUUUUAUGGAAACUGAUUUAGAGGUUAUAAUAAAGGAUAAUAGUCUUGUGCUGACUCCAUCACACAUCAAAGCCUACAUGUUGAUGACUCUUCAAGGGUUAGAAUAUUUACAUCAGCAUUGGAUUCUGCAUAGGGAUCUAAAACCAAACAACUUGUUGCUAGAUGAAAAUGGAGUUCUAAAAUUGGCAGAUUUUGGCCUGGCCAAAUCAUUUGGGAGCCCCAAUAGAGCUUAUACACAUCAGGUUGUUACCAGGUGGUAUCGGGCCCCUGAGUUACUAUUUGGAGCUAGAAUGUAUGGUGUAGGUGUGGACAUGUGGGCUGUUGGCUGUAUAUUAGCAGAGUUGCUUCUAAGGGUUCCUUUUUUGCCGGGAGAUUCAGAUCUUGAUCAGCUUACAAGGAUAUUUGAAACUUUGGGCACGCCAACUGAGGAACAGUGGCCUGAUAUGUGUAGUCUUCCAGAUUUCGUGACAUUUAAGAGUUUCCCUGGAAUCCCGUUACAACACAUCUUCAUUGCGGCAGGAGAUGACUUGCUAGAUCUCAUUCAAGGCUUGUUUUUAUUUAAUCCGUGUACUCGAAUUACAGCCACACAGGCACUGAAAACUAAGUAUUUCAGUAAUCGGCCAGGGCCAACACCUGGAUGUCACCUUCCAAGACCAAACUGUCCAUUGGAAACUUUAAAGGAGCAGCCAAAUCCAGCUGUGGCAACAAAACGGAAGAGAACAGAGGCCUCAGAGCAAGGAGUAUUACCCAAGAAGCUAAUUUUUUAGUUACAGAGAACACUGGACAGUAUUUUACUACUGAAAGAAAUAAUCAAAAAGGGAAAUAAUGGAAAAAUAGUAAACAUUAAGUAAAUGCUGUAGAAGGAAUUUGUAAAUAUUCUACACAUGUAAAAUAUGUAAAACUGGGUCAUUUUUAUUAAAUAUAUUUUAGAACAAACUUAAUUCUACUUUUUCUGAGUAUAAUGCAAAAGUAAGAUAAGUUCAGUUCCCUGAAAUGUAGAAUUGCAGAUACACUACAGAUACCCUAAUAAAAAUAAUUAUCAGUGAUUUUGAUGAUCUGGUCCGUAUAGCAUCACAAAUUUGUAGUAGCAGAUACAGUAUUUAAAAACAGGAAAAUAGUAGUAAUGUAGCAAAUACCCAGACUUGACCAGUGUUAAUAUACUAAAUUGGAAAAAAAGAAAAAAAUUACAGAUAAAAUUGAGGCUCCUUUAAUAGGCAUUCCAUUCUGUUUCUUCCUUUCACCCUCAAAAGGGAGUGACUCUCAGGAAAUGAGUAUGUUCUCCCUUGAUUUUGUAAGAAUGCAUAUGGUAAUAUACAGCACUGUUUUGGGUCUCAGAAUUUUAUAUGAGUGAUAGACUGUACCUCUCAUACUACAAUUUUUUUUGGCUCAAAAUCUUUUAAUUCCUUCUAUGUAAUAUGUGUAAGUCUAGUUUAUUUAAUUGCCAUAUCAUAUAAUAAUAUACAUAAUCUUAUGUAUACAGUACUACUUAAUGCUGUAUUUAUGGACUGUUUUCUUUUGUUGCAUAAAAAUUACCAUAAAUGUAGCAGCUUUAAAGUAACACAAAUUCGUUAGUAACAGUUUUAUAGGUCAGAUAAUCUGGCAUGCUCUACUUUCUUUUUUGGCAUAAGCCAAAGUCAAGAUGUCAGUCACACUGGACUCUUAUCUGAGGCUUUAGGAAGAAGCUGCUUCCAAGCUCAUUCAAUUCAGGCCAUUUUAAUGCAUGUGCCUCCUGUCCUUGAUAGCUGUCAACCAGGGCCUGUCUCGGUUUCUUAAGGCAGUCUACAUGCCCUGUCACAUAUGGUACUCUCCAUCUAUAAGCCAGCAAGUUGUUGAAUCACCCAUGUGCUUCAAAUGUGUCUGGCUUCCUUAUCUGCUUUUUUUUUUAAAAAGGUCUCUCCUCAUUGAGUUAUCCAUAUAUUAAGGUCAACUCACUUGGGAUUUUAAUUACAUCCUAAAAAUUUCUGUAGCAGUACCUAGAUUAGUGCUUGAAUAAUCAGGACUGGGAUCUUGCAAGGGCCCAUCUUAGAAUUCUGCCACAUGGACGUUGAGGUUAGUUUCAAUUUUUCACAAUUAUAAAAAAAUGUAAUGUUUACAUGCAUAUAAGUUUGUCUAAUGUAUAUACUUAGAAUUAUAAUUGUGACGUCACAAAGUAUGCAUUUGCAGUUAGUGUUAAUAUGGCCAUAGUUCUCCAAAGCAGUUGUACACACUGUUCACUGGUUUAAAAAUGGUGAACCUUAUACCAUAUACAAAAAUUAACUCAAAAUGGAUUAAAGACCUAAACAAUUAAACCCAAAACUAUAAAAAUUCUUAGAAGAAAAACAUAGGAGGGAAGCUUCAUGAUUUUAGAUUUGGUAAGGACUUUCUGUAAAUGACCCCAAAAGCACAGGCAACAAAAGUAAAAAAUAGGUAAAUUGGACCACAUCAAAAUAAAAAACUUGUAUGCAUCAAAGGACAUAGUGAACAGAGUGAAAAGGCAAGCUAUAGAAGGGGAGAAAAUAUUUGUAAAUCAUAUGUUGAAAGGGGUUACUAUCAGAACAUAUCAAGAACCACUGUAACUCAAUAACAAAAAAAAAUAGAUUUUAAAAAUGGGCAAAGGACUUUAAGUAGACAUUCAACCAAAGAUGAUUUAGAAAGAGCCAAUUGGCACAUGAAAAGAUGCUCAGUGUCACUGAUCAUUACAGAAAUUCAGGUCAAAACCACAAGGAGAUAUCACUUCAGAUGGCUACUCUCAAAAAAGCCCAGAAAUAACAAGUAUUGCCGAGGAUGUGGAGAAAUUGGGAACCUUGUGCACUGUUGGUAGUAAUGUAAAAUGAUGCAGCUGCUUUGGAGAACUGGCAUUUUCCACAAGAAAUUAAAAAUGGACUUACCAUAUGAUACAGCAGUUUCACUUCUAAGUAUAUAAUGCAAAAUACUGAAUGCAGGAUCUCAAAUAUAUACCUUCAUCAAAAUUGUGUGAAAGUAUAUUUUAUCUCUUAAUCUCAAGCACCCAAAUGAUCUUGUGAACUUUGCUAAUUUGAUUUCACUAUUACAUUUGAUUUCUACUGUGGUUGAAUAUUCUUGUUUGCUAACUAUAAUCUCUCUUAUGAACCGUUGAUUCAGAUUCUUUGUCCAUCUAUCAGCUGGAGUGUAACAAAUUUUAUUAAUUUAUAUGAAUUUGUUUUAUAUAUAUAUAUACACACAUAUUAAAAAAGAAUCUCUAGUUUUUAUAACUUGAUUUUUUUUUUACUCUUCCAAUUUUGGUAUUGUUAAGUAAUCCCAGAUCCUUCCUUUCCUUACCUUUUAUUUUAUAUUAAAUUAUUAUAUAUACUAGAUCUGUAUAUGAUGUUUAUUCUAUUGGUACUAUACUACACUGCCAGUCAAAGAUCCCUGAAGUCAAUCUAAAUAGUUUAAGUAAUUUUUGUUUUUUCUAAAAAAUCAAUAUUUUUUGGUUUUACUAUGGCAAAUACUGAAAAUUUCAUACAGUAAUGUAGUUUAUAGAUAAGCUAUACCAACACAGAUGUUAAUGUUUCUUACAGAAAAUGUCAAGUAUUUCAGCGGCCUCCUAAAAUUUAGAAAUACCCAGGAAACAUAGCUUCUGAAGAUGUACCAACAUUUACACAAUCCUUUUUCAAAAUCUCUUAAUAGAAACAGCUCUCAAUUCUGAUAUCAACAACCAUUUUUUUCUUUAAAACAUGAUAUUUGAUGGCAAAGAAUGGGCUCUUUUACGAGUUAUUGUGUAAUUUUGGUCUGUGUGAAGGUGCUGAACUGAACAAAUGCAGCCCACAGAAUUUAAAAUUUGAACACUUGAAUACACAGAAUCAUGCAAAAUUCUGGCAGAGUAUUCUGAAGCUUUCUGCCAGGGGUUUUGAAAUGGAAAAUUGUCUUUCAUAGGAUUUUUUUCUUUAUUUUCUUUUGAGUUGGUGUUUUUGUCUUCCAGUGCCCGAGCAAGCAUGUAACUAACUUUUCUUUGAUGAGCCAAAGCUUCUUCUUUAUCAUUUAACUGCAUGCACAGAAAUUUAAAAUGUACCAGUUAAUAAAUCACAGAACGUAGAGCUAUAAACAGAAGAGUAUUUUAUUGAAAUGUUCAAUCUUUGAUCUGUCAAGUCAGUAUGAAAUUAAUUAGUUGUCCACUGAUUUCCAAGCAUUGUACAAUAUGUUAUUUAGGAUUUUUUAUAUAAUAGAAGAGAGACAACAGUGUUACUGCUGCUGAAAAUUUUGUAAGUCAUCUGAAGAGAGAGAGGAAAAAUACAUGGUAUGUGUGUAUGUAUGUAUUAUAUAAUAUCAAUAUGCACUUAAUCUCUGUAAAAUAAUGUUGAAGUUACUUGUAUGUAAAGUUUUAUAUAUGGACAUGCAAAUAAAUAACUUUAAUACUC